GCUUCCUGAGGCCGUUCCCGCCCUUUUCUUUUGGGAACCAAUCAUCAAGCUUGCUUUCGGACCAAUCAACAGCCUCGGCUCUAGGCCCCGCCCAGGAGCCUGGAGGCCGGUGGCGCCAUGUUCCAGGGGCAGCGUGGUUGGUUCUGUCGCAGCGUCAGUCAGGACUUGAGGCAGUUGUGGGUGGACGAAGGCGGGACAGUGAGCGACGCCCAGGCCGCCGACUUCCUGUUCAGCUGUGAUGCCUCGCACCCGGACACGCUGAGAAUAUAUCAGAGCCUCGAGUACAUAGAAGAUAAUGCUACAGUAUUUCAUGCCUACUAUCUUUCUGCAGUAGCUAAUACUGAAAUGAAAAACUCAGUGGUCUUAGGCAAUUUUGUUCUUCCUCCUGCAUGUCUGCAAAAAGAAAUACGAAGAAAAAUUGGUAGUUUUAUUUGGGAAGAAGAUGAAAAUUUUCUGGUAGAAAAGCAUGACAGAAUAACAUCAAAUGAAAGGGAAAGCAGUGAGCCAACAACAGAACACAAAAAAGAAUUGUCUGAAAGUGCAGAGAAUCAUUUUGUAAGGACUCCAGUACCAGAAAAGCAGAUGUACUUUCCUCUUCAGAAUUAUCCAGUGAACAACAUGGUAACAGGUUAUAUAUCAAUUGAUGGCUUGGAGAAAUUCCUUGGAGAAUUACAUGAUUUCAUUCCUGGAAGUUCGGGAUAUUUGGCAUAUCAUGUUCAAAAUGAAAUUAACAUGUCUGCUAUAAAAAACAAAUUAAGGAGGAAACUAAGUUAAGCUGUAAUUACAUCUGGGCAUUUAUUUUUUGUAAAAUAUUAUGACGUGUAUAAUUUAAAUGAGAAUGGAGAAGGAAUUAUUUACUUUCUCAACAUGUGUCCCGAGAAAACUCAGAAUCAUUUCAGCUCUCCAAAUAUCAUGAGUGCACAAUUGCUAUGGAAUUAUUGUCACCCAGACAUACUUAAAAGAACUCUCUGUAUUGCAUUAUAUUUUUUCUAGGUUCAGUAUUGAAAUGCUAACUAUUAAGAUUCUGGUCAUGUUAUUUUGAUUUUAAAAAUUAGGAUGCUAUGCUUGAACUGUGAAUGUUUGUUUCUGAACAUAGUGAGUCAGGUACCUUAUAAUCUCCAUGGUAGAGCCUGAGCCCAAUGCUGUGGCUUAUGAGGAAAUGAAAACUUGAGAGGGUGUCCUGCCAGAGUGACUAAAUGAGGCCCAGCCCAAACUGGAAUAUGAUUUUCCAGACU